AUGUCGAUGAAGAGUUCAGAAGAAAUCUCGAGCAGCAAUAAAAACCCUAAAAUCACCUGGGAAGGCUGCAGUGUGCUGCUGGACAUUAACGAUGGCGAUCGGCUGCUUUUUGCUCGCCUGACAGCUGGCUCGAAAAUUAAGAUUGGGAACAAGAAUUACUCUCUACAGCCUUUGAUUGGAUGCCGGUUCGGGUCAACGUUCCAGGUGGAGGUUGGAGAGGGUGGCCCCUUUCUCUCUCGGGUUGUUCCGUCGGCAGAAGUUAAUAAUCGUGAAGAGAAAACGGAUUGCCAAAUUAUGGAGGAGUGCCGAGAUAAUCGUGCAUUAGUUGAUAAUAACACCGCCCAGAGUCUCACGGGUGAAGACAUAGAUGACAUGCGCAGAAAGGGAGCAACUGGAGAUGAAAUAGUUGAGGCCCUUAUUGCAAACAGUGCAACGUUUGAAAAGAAAACAGCAUUUUCACAGGAGAAGUACAGGAUAAAAAAGCAGAAAAAAUAUGCUCCAAGAGUACUUGUGAGACGCCCGUUUGCGCGAAGUAUAUGUGAAGCAUACUUCAAAAAACACGCUGACAAAAUUGGGUUUUUGCGGGUGGACACACUUUCUCUUAUGCUCUCCUUGGCUAACAUUACUGCGUAUUCGGAUGUACUUGUAUUGGAUAUGCUCGAUGGUUUAGUUACGGGUGCUGUAGCUGAGCGCUUGGGAGGAACGGGCUACAUAUGUAAUACAUUUUGCGGAUCCACUCCGUAUCCUAUUAGUAUUGUGCGAAUGUUCAAUUUCAGUGACGAAACAUGCAAAAGGAUUGUACAUGCAUCGCUGGCUGAAUUAAAAUCGGCACAGAGUGACUCGUCAGCACCCAUUCACCAGCUUGAAGAUGCCAAUAAUAUUGGAAAACAAGAAAAUAAAGAAGUUCUUAUGGACGAAGAUAACAACGUGAACAUCGAUACAACGAAUGAUGUAAUUGCUUCCCCAAAACCCACUAAAAGUAUCAAGGCUGGUGAGAAAGCAACCGUUGAUGCUAUAAAUUCUUGGAAAGAAAAUGGCUUUUCCAGUUUAAUAAUUGCCGCUCCAGAUCUGGAUGCUUGGGACAUUGUUAAAGAACUUGUCCCGUUACUUGCAUACUCGGCUCCAUUUGUGAUCUAUCAUCAGUAUUUGCAGCCCCUGGUCUCGUGCAUGCACAACCUGCAGACUGAGAAAAUGGCAAUUGGCCUGCAAAUUUCGGAACCUUGGCUACGCGAAUAUCAGGUUCUUCCAUCAAGAACUCAUCCACAUAUGCAAAUGAGCACAUCCGGAGGCUAUAUAUUAAACGGCACCCGAAUUACUGGUACCGAUGAAGCCCGAGUCGACUAG